GCCUCGUCACCCCGAGCCCGAGAGGCUGGCUGUGGCUCUUCGCUGCUCACCAGAAAGCAUGAAUGAAGAGCGCAGGACUUCCUCGGGCUGUGCUGAAGGCAGGGGGAGAAAGAGGGAGAGACUUCCAGCCAUAGAGACAGCCUCUACAAACACACAGUCGUUCUCCGCGGCGCCUGCGGGAGGUGAAAGGGGACCCAAAGUUCAGUUUCCGGCUUUUAACAUCUGUAACAUCAACCCGAAACAAGAAACCAUCGGUGCCACCAGUGCAGCCACAAAGCCUGUCUUACAUAAUGCUAAAUAUGUACGAGAACUACCACCUAUUAACCAAGAUGUACGUCAGAAGCAACACAUCUCAAUAGAGAUCUUGCCUCCCGAAAUGAAAGCUCCUUUCCCUCCUGAUCCAGUAUUUCCCAUCCGAACCAAAACCGUGAGGGAAUUUCAGGAAGAUAUAGAAAAGGCCAAGACUUCAGGAGACUGGAAAAUAGUACAUGAUUUUUAUUCAACAACUUUUGAUUCUUUUCUGGAAAUUAACGCAGCAUUCAAGCGAGAUGUCAGUUCACCUUUUAAUACAAUUGAGGAUCCAGGCAUUAAUGUUAAAUUUACCAACAGUGUCUAUGAUGCAUUGCUGAGCACACCCCAGGACAUCCAGAAAGCAGUACUGAAAGGCAUUAUUAACAGUCUCCUGAAAGAAUGGAAAGGGCCACAGACAAAAGAUGAUCUCCGAGCUUAUUUGUUACUUGUGCAGAAUCCUCAAUUUGCGAGCACGUCAACGUACAUUAUCUAUGCCCACUUGUUACGGCAGAUGGCCAGUCUGUCCGAAGCGGAUCAUCAUUUUCUGGUUCACUGGUUUCAAAAAUUGCCUUUGAAGAGAUUUAAGCAACUCGUCGAAAGAUUGCUGCAGUUUAUAUCUCUACGUCUGUUCCCAGCAAAGCCAGAGGACUUGCCACCCCUGGCAAAAUGUACGUGGUGGAUUCCUUCAGCAACCAAAGUCCUAGCUCUGCUAAAUGCAGCAAAUAGCCUGGAAAAUCCUCCAAUUAUUCCCUUCAUGGAUUUCUACAACUCCACCUUGGACCAUAUUGAUCUCAUGGAGGACUUUCAUACCUGGCAGUGUUGUGGAAAUUCUCACAGGUUUACCUUUUGCCAGUUCCCUUUCAUUCUCUCACUGGCAGCUAAAAAGGUUAUAAUCCAGAGAGAUUCUGAACAGCAGAUGAUCACGGUAGCCAGACAAAGCUUGCUUGAUAAAGUUUCCCGCAGACAGAGGCCAGACAUGAACAUGCUUUUUCUAAACAUUAAAGUGAGACGAUUGCAUCUGGUUAAUGAUUCUCUGGAUGAGUUAACAAGAAAAAGGGCAGAUUUGAAAAAAAAAUUGAAAGUCACAUUUGUUGGAGAAGCUGGAUUAGACAUGGGUGGCCUGACAAAAGAGUGGUUUCUCCUACUUAUUCGACAGAUCUUCCAAUCGGAUUAUGGUAUGUUUCAGUGUCAGCGGGAUUCAGGGUUUUAUUGGUUCAGCAACUUUAAACGUGAAAGCUACUCUGAAUUUCGAUUGGUUGGAGCUUUGAUGGGUCUAGCUCUGUAUAAUGGCAUUACGUUGGAUGUUCGGUUUCCACCAUGCUGCUAUAAAAAACUACUGAGCCCUCCUGUUGCUCCAUGUGAUCAGAAUACUGCCGUUGGCAUAGCAACGCUUACACUUGAUGACCUGCACCAGCUUAUGCCUUCUUUAGCUGAUGGACUUCUGGCACUUAUCAAUUAUGAAGGCAAUGUUGAGGAAGACUUUGGCUCCACAUUUCAAGUAUUUCAAGAAGAGUUUGGAACAGUUAAAUCAUACAACCUAAAAGCAGGUGGAGACAAAAUCCUUGUAACGAAUCAGAACAGGCAAGAAUAUGUACAUCUUUAUGUGGAUUUCCUUCUCAACAAGUCCAUAUACCAGCAGUUUGCAGCAUUUUAUUAUGGUUUUCACAGUGUGUGUGCCUCUAAUGCCUUAAUGUUGCUUCUCCCAGAAGAAGUGGAAAUUCUCGUGUGUGGAAACCCUGAGCUGGAUAUACAUGCACUACAGAAGAUCACACAGUAUGAGGGUUAUUCGAAGAUGCACCCCACAAUACGGUGCUUCUGGGACGUAGUUUGGGGAUUCAGUCUCGAGCUCCAGAAACAAUUUCUACAUUUUACUACUGGAAGUGAUCGAGUUCCAGUGGGAGGGCUUGCUGAUCUUAGUUUUAAAAUCACAAAGUUUGAUGUGCCCACUGACUGGUUACCAGUCGCCCACACCUGUUUCAAUCAGCUCUGCCUGCCUCCAUACAAGAAUAAGAAAGAACUGAAGCAGAAGCUACUCAUUGCUAUUUCAAAUGCAGAGGGGUUUGGACUGGAAUAACAACUUUUUUUUUAAGUGGAGCUUUUAAUACAGAAUUGUAACCUAAGUUUUGUAUAAUUUACUUGUUGAAAAUGGACUCUCACUUAAAGUGGACCCAAGUUGUACCCCUUUUAGUUUCAUUAUAGUCAUUCACCAUCAUUAUAUGAUAUGGGCCAUCAUGGUCAUUCCAUGACCGUGAUUAUUCUUGGCAAAUUUUUCUACAGAAGUGGUUUGCCAUUGCCUUCUGGGUAAUGUCUUUAUGAGAUGGAUGAUUCCAGCCAAUAAGGCAGCAACUCAAUGUAUAAAAGCUUGCAGACAUGGUCAGGGGGUUCAGUUGUUAUUCAAACCAAACAUCAGAAUGGGGAAGAAAUGUGAUCUAAGUUACUCUGACUGUGGAUUGAUUGUUGGUACCAGGUGGGGUGGAUUAAGUAGCUCAGAAACUGGAUCUCUUGGGAUUUUCAUACAGAACCAUCUCUAGAGUUUACAGAGAAUGGUGCAACAGUUACAACAGUGGUGUGUGGAAGAGCGUUUCUAAAUGCACAACACAUCAAAUGCUGAAGUGAUGAUCUACAGCAGCAGAAGACUAUGAACAGACCGGAGGUGUCUAAUGACGUGACCACUGAGUGUAAUCUCUCCACUUCGACCCAUUGACAGUGAUCUCUCUCAUUCAAAAUGCAAACCAAAGUGCGUAUAAGAAGCAAAAUCCUGCUGGCUGACCUAAAACAGAAAUGCACUGUUAAAUUAAUAAUAACUAAAGAAACAAGAAGCCAGACAAGGAGCAGGAAUAUUUAUUUUCACUGUGAUGGUGCUGAACGUUUGUCCUUGCCUGGCCUUGCAACUAUAUCUAUUUCUCCUUUCUAUGAACAACUGGGUGGAUAUGUAAAACAACUGAAAUUAAUUGCAAUAACAACCAAUUCCCUCAAAACAAUCCUCUAAGAGGGAGAUAGCAAACUGAAAUUCUUUUUAUAGAUUGUAUUUACAAAGCUGAUGACAGAAUAUUAAAAUUUGACGCAGGUAACUCAGUAAUGUGCUACUUUAAUUUUCACCCACCAGUUCUUACAAUAUAAUGUACUUCAUAAUCAUUUAACACCCAGAGAAGCCUUUGAAGAAAUGGAACAUAACAUAGGUGAUGAUGUACCAUCAAAGUUUCACACAUAUGAAGCAACAGUUGUAAUAAAUUGGUAAAUGUCCCAUUCUACAUAGAGCUAGACAUUUUCUUGGAGGUUCUAUUACCAGAUUUGAUAACCUAACAGAGUGACAAUAUUAAUUGAUUUCUUGCUGCUACAAUGAGGUUAAUUCUUUAAUGUCACAGUGAUGAGAGUGGUAGUUCAGCUGUUCAGCCAUUGUCUAAAAAAUUAUUUUGAAAAAUUCAAAGUUUAUGCUUAAUAUACAUACAUACACUGAGUAUAUAUUUGUAAUGUUCUGCUGCUGUAGCCCAUCCAUUUCAUGUUUUAACUUGUGUGUUCAGAGAUACUCUGCUGCACACCACUGUUGUAACAUGUGGUUACUUGAGUUACUGUUGCCUUCCUGUUAGCUUGUUAAUCAGUCUGGCCUUUCUCCUCUAACUUCUCUCAUUAACAAGGUGUUUUUUGUACGUUCAGAGAUGCUCUCCUGCAAAUCACUGUUGUGACGCACGGUUAUUUGAGUUACUGUCGUCCUCCUGUCAACUUGAACCACUCUGACUAUUCUCUUAUUAACAAGGCAUUUUCACCCACAGCACUGCUGCUCACUGGAUGUUUUUGCUUUUUGCACUAUUCUCUGUAAACACUGGAGAAUGUUGUAUGUGAAAAUCCCAGGAGAUCAGCAGUUUCGGAGAUAAUCAAACGACUCU